GGUCCUGUGCAGCCGGCUCAGCAGCGCCCCGCCCUAAGUCCUUGCCGGCGCGAUUAGAGAAGAUCAGCGGGGCACCGAGAGGAGAUUUACAUGCACGCGCGCAGCAAUGCCGCGAGAGCCGCCACCAUGUCCUCCACGCCGGUGCCGGUCCCGGACAGCGGCGCCCCUCACGACGACGACGAGGGCGCCCCGCUCACGCUGCUCGCCGACCUCCAGGACGACUGCCCCGGCGCCACCAUCGUGCCCGCGGGGAGCCUCAGCAAGAGGCGGAAGAGCGGCGCCGGAUACGAAUCCGCGACGGACAACAACGUCCACUUCGACUCGUUCCGGGUGAAAUCAGGGCCGGACGUGCUUCGCGUGGUGGACAGCCUGCUGGCGCUGCACGUGAUCGCCCCCCUGGUCAUCUCCUGCUGGCGGGGGCUGUGGGAGCUCUUCGGCCUGUUCCCGGACGUGUACCCGCCCUGGGCGCAGGCCGUGUUCGGCUCCGUGCUGCACACGCUGCUCGCCCUCACCAGGGACGUGUUCAUGAGGACGUUCGACUGCCGCCGCUACCCGGAGCCCGGACGCAGCCUGAUCAAAGUGCUGACGCGAUGCUACACGUGGGUGUUCGCGACAGCGUGCAUCAGCCACUGGCGCGGCACCUGGUUCCUCCUGGACAUGCUCGGCGUGGACGCCACCAAGGUGGUCCUCAUCUGGGCGCUGGCCGCGCUGCUCAUGCUGGGCACCCGCUCCCUGCGCAACACCAUGGCGCCGCCCCUCGUCGUCGGCUCGGACGGGCCCGACUUCUGCUUCACCUUCACGCACAUGUUCCGCUCCGACGUGAGUACCAAAGACCGGCAGUGGCGAGCAUAG